ACGGGCUUGACAGCGGAGAAACAUGGCGGCCCCGACGCUUACUGUGAGGUUGUAUUCCCUGCUGUUCCGCAGGACCUCCACCUUCGCUCUCACCAUCGCCGUGGGUGCCUUAUUCGAGCGUGCCUUCCAUCAAGGCGCGGACGUGAUCUACGAACACAUCAACCAGGGGAAGCUGUGGAAACACAUCAAGCACAAGUAUGAGAAUAAGGAAUAGUUCCUCAGAGACCUCUCCCCACGCCGAAAGGACCAGGUCCACCCACCAGCUGUUUGCCCAGAACCAGGGCCUCAGCCUGAAGAUGAUGCUCAGAUUACUCAUCAUUGACCACCUGUAGCUGUUGGCAAGAAGUGGCUUCACCUGACAGACUCUUUAACUUCUGCUGUGUUUGAAGUCUGUUUAGUCAGAGUCAUCAGCAAAUAAAUGGAAAUUGUCCUCAA